AUGGACCAGGACGCUUUCAGGCACCUGCUCGCGACCCCCGCGCACCCCUCGUCUUCCUCGACUCCCUCCUCGUCCCGCUCUCGCUUCGGACAGGCGCCGCCCAAGCGACCAGCGGGGACUGCCGCCGAUGCAAAGGAGCUGUCAACCGAGUUCAAGCCUCGCAAGACCGCUUUCAAGCCGAAACGCGCGCCAGAUGGCUCCGUCUACCGUGACAGGGCUGCAGAGCGGAGGCUGGGCAAGGAUGGAGACUUUGCGGAGGCUGAGAAGCUGCUCGAGGACUUUAAGGCUCGCUCGGAGGGCAUCGACAAGGACACGCUCGAGACGCAGAUGAAGUACCUGGGAGGCGACGCGAAACACUCAAUCCUGGUCAAGGGACUCGACAUGGCCCUCCUCGAGCGCAACAAACACGAGCAAGCGAAGAAGGGCGACGAAGAGCUCGGCGAUGUGGAAGACGAGCUCGAGGCUGCUCUCGCCGCUGCGCCUGAACCUUCGACAUCGACUUCGGCCGCUGCUCCGGCUGGACCGUCGGCAGGUGGAAAGAAGAAGACGAGGGACGAGUUGCUGGCCGAGUUGAAGGCGAUGCGCGGUGGACAAGCGGCCAGUGCGUCUCCGCCAGUCGAGAAAGACCCGCGGUUCAAGCCUCUUGGUGGGACCAGCGGCGACAAGAAGGGCAAGGGGAAGGAAGUUGCGGGUGCUGGGAGUGGGUGGAAGGCAGUCGGAGCGGCAGGAGAGGGGGAGAAGAAGAAGCGCAAGAAGAAGAAGGUUGCGCCGACGCCUGCUCCUGCUGCCUCCGAAGCGAAGCCGGCGAAGAAGGAUACGUCACCACCGCCUGCUCCGCUACCCCCGCAACCAGCGCCUGAAGACAUCGACGACGACAUGGACAUCUUUGGCGAUGCAGGCGAGUACAAGGGACUUGACUCGGACGAUUCCGAUGAGGAAGACUCGAAACCCGCCAAGCCCGCCUCUUCACCUACUCUACAAGCAUCCGCAGCCCCAGCAACAAAGCGCAAGUACUUUGACGAUGACGAGGAGGACGACCCUCGGUACUCGACGUCGACUGCGCCGAACGCCGUGACGGACCUUGCGGCGAAGCAGGCUGCGGCGGAUGCAGCGGCCGCUGAGGCGAAGCGAAGUCGACGAACGGGAGGCGGCGAGGACGAGGAGGGAGAGGAAGAGGAUGCGGCGGCAAUGCGGCUAGAAGGCUUGUCCCGCUCAGGACCGAGUGUCAAGGAGCUCCUGGAGAUGGACAAGGCGGCCGAGGCAGAGGAGAAGCGGAAGGCGAAGAAGGCCAAGUACCAGGCCAAGGCGGCGGACCGCAGGGAGAACAUGACCGACGCCGACAAGACGAACCAGGACGUGCAGAAGAUGAUGGCUUACUUGGCGAAAAAGGAGGGCAAGAAGGGCGGGAAGGGCGAGUAG